CACCGUCACUAAUGUUCACGUGCCGUUCCUCAGAACGCUUCCGAACAUUGUUCUCUAAGCCAUCGUUCUUUCACUCGCCACAUCUUUGCCAGCUGUCUACGUGCUGAUCCAGUGUUUCAUUUUUUAAUUAUGCUGUGUGCCGUGUCUGUUACCUAAGCUCGUCACAAUCUGUUUUCUGUUGAUUCCGAAUUUAAUUCCAGUUUCACUUCUCCCAACUUCUGCUUGUGAUCUGCUUGCGUCAUUGAAGAUCCUCGCCCGUGGUGUGUCCACCAGUCUAAGGUGAAGGUGUAGCACUGGUGGCCAGGGAAACCCCAGAGGAGCAUGGCCGUAGACGAAUGCCCAGACUACUUCCUCCACCACCCCAACUACCAGGACAAUGUUGACCACACGUCCUCCCAAGGCUCGCCUAGUCUUCAUCAUUUCCAGCAGUCAUCCAAUCAGAACGCUGAUGAUCACCAAGAUGACGACGUAGAUCUUGAGGCUCUGGUGAAUGACAUGACAUCUCUCCUGCCUUAUAAGAGUCUGCACUCCACAUGCAAAACUCGGCACUCCGACCCUGCCCCUCCUUUCCAUGACAGCCAUGGCAACGGUGUCCGGAGUAACGAACUAGCUCCAGCCCGGCGUCCUGCAAGUAACCUAGCAACCACCCCAUCCCCACUUGGCCAGAAAGUCCGCCGCUCGAAACCCAUGCGCAUACUUGCUGUUAGGCAGCUCCAGGAGGAAGAGCAGCAGGUGCGUCCUGCGUCCCUGCCAGCCAUCCCAAACCCUUUCCCUGAGCUGUGCAGCCCCACUGGAUCACCCACGCUGGGCUCCGACUCCCUGCCACAGCCAGCUGGCACACAUAUCCUGGUGUCACAAGCAAGACAUAUACAUGUGCACAAAUGGGCUCCAUUCUGGACUGAGCGACUGGGACAAGGAAAUAUACACACUGCCUACACAAAGUGUGCAUGUUUUAUCAUCCAGGUGUUCGGUGAGGAUGGUGUCGGGAAGGUGGUGGAGGUUCCUGCUGAUAUGACUGCCAGAGAUGUGUGCCAGCUUCUGGUCUAUAAGAGCCACUGCUUGGACGAUGAAUGCUGGACUUUGGUGGAGCACCAUCCACUACUGGGCCUGGAGAGGUGUGUGGAGGACCAUGAACUGGUGGUUCAAGUGCAGGCUUACAUGUUUCCUGACAGCAAGUUUUUCUUCAGGAAGAAUUAUGCCAAGUAUGAGUUCUUCAGAAAGCCACUGAAUUUCUUCCCGGAGCAGAUGGUAGCAUGGUGUCAAGACUCUAAUGGGACCAUCCCACCUUCUCAGCUACUGCAGACUUUCCUAAAUUCCAGCCGCUGCCCAGAGAUUCAGGGUUUCCUCUACAUGAAGGAGAUGGGCCGCAAGUCCUGGAAAAAGCUCUUCGUGUUCCUGCGCCGCUCUGGUCUCUACUGCUCCACGAAGGGAAUGUCCAAGGAGCCCAGGCAUCUGCACUUACUCUCAGAUUUGGAUGAGAGUAACGUGUUCACUGUGACCGCUGGCAGGAAAAUGUACAACGCUCCCACAGAUUACCAGUUCUGCAUAAAGCCUUGCAAGGGCAGGGCGGAGCUAAAGGAGCUCAGGGUGCUGUGUGCUGAGGACGAACAGAGCAGAACGUGCUGGAUGACGGCGUUCAGGGUGCUUAAGUAUGGAAUUCUGUUGUACCAGAACUACAAAAUUCCUCACCAGAGAAAGACGGCCAGCUCUAACUUCAGUACAGCAGUGCGGAGCGUGUCGGAAAAUUCACUGGUCGCCAUGGAUUUCUCUGGGAGGACUGGCCGUGUGAUCGACAACCCAGCCGAAGCAUUGAGUGCAGCCAAGGAGGAGGGUCACACGUGGAGAAAGCGAAGUCAGAGAAUGAAUGUACUGGGCAACCCAUGUCCUCAGGACCCUCCGAUUUUAACUUCAGUGAUCCACAGGACACAACUAUGGUUCCAUGGGCGCAUCAUGAGAGAGGAGUCCCAUCGUUUGAUCACACAGCAGGGCCAGGUGGAUGGGCUGUUCCUGCUGAGGGACAGUCGGAGCAAUCCCAAAGCUUUUGUCCUCACACUGUGCCACCACCAGAAGAUCAGACACUUCCAGAUCUUGCCGUAUGAGGAAGACGGCCAGGUCUUCUUGAGCCUUGACGACGGCUCCACCAAGUUCAUGGACCUGAUCCACCUGGUGGAGUUUUAUCAGCUCAACAGAGGAGCAUUGCCCUGCAAGCUCAAACACCCCUGCACCAUGGUGACCUUAUGACACCCCCCGACAAUGACGAUAUGUAUCCUGGACACACAUGCCUGGAUUGUUUUGUUUUUUGUUUUUUUGUUUGGUUUUACCCUCUGUUGGACAAUGAUAGCGUGACAGUAGCCUCAGACAUGGGGAGUGUUUCUGUGCCUUCGUGCUUCACUGUGGAGCUGAACACUCUCCUGCCAAGCACACUGUUUCUUUGUUUUUGUUUUUUAUUGUCUUGUAAAGUUUACUUGACUAACAUUUGACUUGUAUUUGCAGUGCCACUGGUGUUUUCAUACCUAAACAUUUUUGCACUCAACACGAAAACCGGUGGCCCACUUUAUCAUUACGAAUCCAGAUUGUAAUUCGUGUGUGUGUGUGUGUGUGUGUGUGUGUGUGUGUGUGUGUGUGUGUGUGAUCAAAUCUGCUCCGCUCAUACAGUUACGAUGUCACCCACCAAUUUGUUUCAAACAGA